AUGUUGAGAAGAUUAGCUAGAGAUCAUUGUUGGUCCAUUUUUAAACAAAGAGCGUUUGUUGAUGGAGAAGUUCCAGAAGAAAUACUGAGUGUGGAGAACAAGAUUGUUGAAAUGUGUCAUGGUCUACCAUUGGCUGCAAGUGUGUUGGGAGGCCUCAUAUGCAACAAGGAUAAACAUGAAUGGCAGGCAAUUCUUGAUAGCAACCCCCUUGUUGCAGUUGAAGAUGAUAACGGGGAAAAUAGCAUAAAGAAAAUCCUAAAACUCAGCUAUGAUUAUCUACCAUCUCCACAGCUGAAGAAAUGUUUUAGUAACUUUGCGAUGUUACCAAAAGAUUUUGAGUUUGAGAAGGACCAACUAAUCCAACUCUGGAUGGCAGAAGGGUUUCUUCGUCCUUGUCAAGAGACCCCUGUGAUGGAAGACGUCGGGAACAAGUUUUUUCAACUCUUAUUGCAAUAUUCCUUGCUGCUAAAUGUUGAGCUAGAUGUGCACAACAAUACAAUAUGUAAGAUGCAUGAUCUUGUGCAUGAUUUGGCUGGAGAUAUUUUAAAGUCUAAGUUAUUUGAUCAAAAGAGUGUUGGAGCAGAAAAUCUUUCUCAAGUUCGAUACUUUGGAUGGGACUCACCAAGUGAUCAAAUAGAUAAGAUAAAUGAGCCAGGACGUUUGUGCACAUUGUUCUGGAAAAGCAACAUAUCUGAUGAUAUGCUAUUGAGCUUUCAGUUCUUCAGAGUUUUACAUUUGUCCGGAUCAGGCAUCGAGGGGUUGUUAGCCAAAAUCAGCAAGCUAAUAUACUUGAGAUAUCUUGAUCUCUCCAACACUGAGAUCGAAGACUUACCCAACUCCAUUUGCAAGCUCUACAAUUUGCAAACUUUUAGAGUCAAUAACUGCUUUUCACUCAGGAAGCUUCCAGAAGAAAUGGAAAAUAUGAUAAGUUUGGAGAAAGGUCGUCGAAUAGAAGAAUUAGGUCAUUUGGAAAACCUUAGAGGUGAAUUGACUAUCAAAGGUCUCCAAUUAGUCAGAAAUACAGAUGAGGCUCGAACAACAUAUUUACAUGAGAAACCAAAUAUCUACCAGCUGGUGUAUUUAUGGUCCCAUGAUGAAUCAGAAAGCUGUGAUAUCAAUGAUGAGUGUGUGUUGGAUGGUCUUCAACCGCAUCCUAACUUGAAAAACUUAGAAAUGGAGAACUAUUUGGGGAUUAGUUUUCCUUCAUGGUUCAGUGAAGAAUUGCUACCAAAUUUGGUCGAGUUGAAAUUUAGUUGUUGCAAAAGGUGCAAAGNUGUAUUUAUGGUCCCAUGA